UUUCGAAAACAAAAAGUGGCUCAGCAUUAUCAUUAGCAACUUAUAAUUGCGCCGACACCAUUAUCACAGUUCCGAGGUGAAGCGCCAUGGAAGCCACCAAAGCCUUGCAAUUUUCAGCCAUGCUGCACUCCCAAAAGCUAGGGAGAACAGAGUCAGAUGGCUCUCUUCUAAAGUUCGGUGGAUUUAAGGAACAUGUUUUUGUUUCGUCCAAGUUGCGUCUCGCAAGACCUUCAACGAGGACAGCAUCAUUGCUAGUUGCUUGUUCGCGUAACAACGUUCCAGCUUCGACAUUGGAAUCUGGAAGCUUUCAAGCUCCUAUUGAUGAAAAGUUGAUUUUGAAGAUUAAAUCACAAGAGAUCGAACCAUGUUUAAGUGGACGCUGUAUAUAUCUUGUUGGAAUGAUGGGCUCUGGGAAGACAACUGUGGGAAAGAUAUUGUCACAUGUGCUUUCUUAUUCGUUUUUUGAUAGUGAUGCUUUGGUGGAGGAGGAGGUUGACGGAACAUCUGUAGCUGAUAUUUUCAAGCAAUAUGGAGAACCUUUUUUCCGUAAUAAAGAGACUGAAGUAUUACAGAAGCUGUCAAUGAUGCGUAGACAUGUUAUUUCUACUGGUGGAGGUGCUGUUGUGAGGCCCAUCAAUUGGAAAUAUAUGCACAAGGGAAUUAGUGUUUGGUUGGAUGUACCUGUAGAAGCCUUGGCUCAGAGAAUAACAGCUGUAGGAACUGAUUCUCGACCACUUCUACAUUAUGAAGCAGGAGAUGCAUACACAAAGACUUUCAUGCGUUUGUCUGCCCUUUUUGAAGAAAGAAGCGAAGCAUAUGCAAACGCCAAUGCCAGGGUCUCCUUGGAAAAUAUGGCAGCAAAACUUGGCCGAAGUGAUGUGUCAGAUUUAUCUCCAACUACUAUUGCAAUGGAGGCGCUAGAACAGAUCAAAGACUUUCUCAUAGGUGAAGAUGCCUAUUAAACACGUGCUAUCACAAAUCUUCGACACUAGCAUGUUCUAGUUGUGCAUAUUUUUCUCUUCAAAUUAUAUAGUACGACAAUGUGCUGUAUUUUUUUUUUUUUUUGGAAAAAGAAUGAUGCAUGCAUCAUUAAGAAUCAAGAUCGAACGUAUUCAGAAGUGUAUAUGCGUAAUUUGUGUGAGCACAAUUUGAAGCAACAGCGUUUAUUUUAUAUAUGCUUUUGUUCGUUAUUGUAUAUUUUUGUAAAGGUGAUGUUGUAAUCUGAAAUGGAUAAAUCAGUUUAUGCAUGUCAAGAUCUUUGCUGGUGUUU